UCCACCAUUUGAACUCAGCAGCGCUUACCGGCCGAUGCGCUUCGCCCUCUUUGGCAGCAUCUCAAUCAUUCAUAACUUCAGCGCCAGCUGCAACUCCCAGACCAAAGAAGCAAAACGGCGCCAUGUCCGCCUCGCAAGCAGGCCCCGAUGAAAAGAUCAUCCGCCGCUUGAGCAACGUCAAGCACAUCAUCAUCGUCCUCUCCGGAAAAGGCGGCGUAGGCAAGAGCUCCAUCGCAGCGCAGCUUGCCCUCUCGCUCUCCUCGACGCCUGUGCCUGACUCUGCCCAAGCUGGCAGCGGCAGCAACAGCCCCCAGCAUGCGGGGCCGAGCACGUCUACAUUAGCGGCAGUGUCUGCCUCUUCCAGUCGUAUUCCACGGGUGGGUAUCCUGGAUGUAGACUUGACCGGGCCUUCGAUUCCGCGUAUGGUCGGUCUGGACGGUUCGAACGUUAAGCAAUCCUCCGACGGGUGGGUUCCCGUCUUCGCAGAUGCCACCCAGCGACUGGCCGUCAUGAGCGUGGGCUUCUUGCUCAAGAGCAAAAACGACAGCGUCGUCUGGCGUGGGCCAAAGAAGAAUGCCAUGAUCAAGCAGUUUCUCGGAGAUGUGCGAUGGGGAGAGCUUGACUACUUGAUUAUUGACACUCCGCCAGGAACAUCCGACGAGCACAUCUCCCUUCUCGAGUAUCUACGCACUUUCAACCCUACCGCGGUGCUCGUCACAACGCCUCAAGCCGUCUCGCUGGCCGAUAACAUGCGCUCGCUCGACUUUACACGCAAGACCGCCCUGCCACUGCUUGGGCUGAUUGAGAACAUGAGCGGCUAUGUCUGCCCACACUGCUCCGAAUGUACCAACGUCUGGGGCCGCGGAGGCGGCGAGGCGCUCGCGAAGCGUGAAGGGAUCCAUUUUCUCGGACGCAUACCCAUCGAUCCGGGGCUUGUACGCGUGCUCGAUGACGCAAGAGACGAGGCGCUGCAGCAUACGUGCGCGGGUGGCGCCGCGGCGCAGGUCGGCAUCCACAACGUCAGCGCGCCCCUACCUGCUGGCGCCGACAUCGAUGCGGCGGAAGGGAGCAACGCGCUCACUGCGCCGCGAGGAAGUGAAGAGGAGAACGACGACACGGCUAGUGCGCCGAGCGGGACGCUGCUGAGUCAGACGCUGCUCAGACGAUAUCGACAAUCACAGACGUUCCCCAUCUUCCAAGACAUCACGCGACAGAUCGUGCAGCUGGCUGACGAACUUGAUUCCAAGUCCAAGCUCGAGGCCCUGUCCUUAUACAGCCAGCAGCCACCCCCUUCAUAAAAAGGAUGGCAACAACUACGUGUUCACGCAAUACCAGAUGUGAUCUAGAAUAGAACAUUUGACACCAUUGCA